UUCCCGGCGUCCCGCGGCGGCUGCAGCGGAGCCGGUGGGGUGGCUGCCCGCUGCCCCUCUGCGCUGCCCCCGCUCGCUCCUCUGCCCCGCGCCCAUGGAGCUGCUGUGCGUGGAAGCCGUGCCCCGCGUGCCCCGCGCCGGGCGCGACCCGCAGCUCCUGGGGGACCGGCGGGUGCUGCAGAACCUGUUGAGCCAGGAGGAGCGUUAUAGCCCCCGCGCCUUCUACUUCCAGCGCGUACAGCGGGAGAUCAAGCCGUACAUGCGGAAGAUGCUGGCCUUCUGGAUGCUGGAGGUGUGUGAGGAGCAGAAGUGUGAAGAAGAGGUCUUCCCCUUGGCCAUGAACUACGUGGAUCGCUACCUGUCCUCAGUCCGUAUACGGAAGAAUCACUUGCAGCUCCUGGGAGCUGUCUGCAUGCUCCUGGCCUCCAAGCUGCGAGAAACCAUGCCCCUGACUGUGGAGAAGCUCUGCAUUUACACAGACAACUCCAUCACACCUCAGCAGCUCCUGGACUGGGAGGUUCUAGUCCUGGAGAAGCUAAAGUGGGACCUGGUGUCAGUGAUAGCAAACGAUUUCUUGGCUCACAUCCUCCAUCACCUCCCGCUGCCUAAGGACAAGAUGGAGCUGGUGAAGAAACACGCACAGACUUUCAUUGCCCUGUGUGCCACAGACUACACAUUUGCCAUGUACCCCCCAUCCAUGAUUGCAACAGGCAGCAUUGGAGCAGCGAUCCAUGGCCUGAGCAUCUCAGUGAACGACUUCAGCGGCGAGGCAAUGACGGAGCUGCUGGCCAGCAUCACUGGCACGGAGGUGGACUGCCUGAAAGCCUGUCAGGAGCAGAUCGAGGCAGCUUUAGCCGAGAGCCUGAAGCAAGCAUCCCAAACCCAACAGGAAUACAGCGCCGCCAAGUCCGCCGCGUACUCCUCCAGCCAGCCCACCAGCACGCCCACAGACGUCACGGACGUCAACCUGUGACCAGCCCCUUCCCGAGCGCCGCCCAGCCCCGCGCAGCAUCAGCCCCUCGCCCUGCGCAGCCCGGGGUCGCUCUCCGCAUCCCCUCCCUGCAUCCACCCACCGGCCCCUCCCCGGCCGCCGCCGAGGACGCGAGCCCGUGCCUCAGAGCUGAAGUGACCCUUUGCACGGGGACAGGGCACCGGCGUGACUGGGGAGGGGGAGCAGGACCCCCCCGAAAAUGAAGUUGGUCAAACGUUUCUCGGUUGGUGACCCUCUUAGGCUGGCUGCCAGCUCCUCGGGGGCCUUGGCUGUGGCGACUUCCAGCCCCACGUGGGCCAUGAAUCAUGGAUAUUGAGCCUGGGACCAAAAUCCCUGUGAGCCCCAAGCUCCCACCCCGGGCAGGGUGCUGCAGGGCCACGAGGCUCCCAGCAACACGAGCAGCUGGGAGGAGGGAGCAGAUGCUGGGGUGGCCCCGAUGGCUUCGUGCUGGGUUGCUGUGUGGCUCCUGGGGAUGGCCCAGCUGCUUCUGCUCGGAGGGGAAACGUGUGGCUUGUUCCUUGUUGCUGUUAGAUUUGGGGUUGGGGGGGUUGGGGCUUGCUUGGGGAACCCGCUCCCCGCUGCGUGGUGGCAGCAGCACAGCCCUGACCUCGGGGAGCUGCCUCCUGGGUGAGGCUGGGCACCCAUCCCUUUGGCUUUCCCCUGCCCCACUGAGGCUGCUUAAUUUAUUGUUAACUGCUGGGAAAUGGGGAGAGAGGGAGACUUUGCAGUUCCUUGGUGUGGAUGCUGCUCUCCUCUCCUCCCCAAAGAGUGCCUUUGCCCUUCAUCCCCUUCCCUCGCUCCCUGGGCAUUGGGAGACUCUCACUUGGGAGCUGGUUGGCUUUGGGGGGUGGGGGGUUGUUUCUUAGGUAGCUUAGAACGUCAGACUAGGUUUUCAGAGAUACAUUUGAAUGUGCUGCUACAGUCUGAACUGCAUCUUUGCUCCUCCAAGGCAGGGAUCUCGGCAGCAGGAGCAGGAGGAGGCUGCCUGGCAGCUCCCUCCACGUGGGUCCAACUUUGUGUCCUCACAGGGUGGGACCUUCGCUGCGCACUCGAGUUGAAAAGCGACUUCUUGCCUUUUGUGUUGUGUUGUUGUUGUUGAUCCUGUCUGUUAGUUUUUAUAAAGAGUUGGGAAAAACAAGCAAAAAAAAAAGAAGAAAAAAUAAUGCUGCUUUUCUAAGAGAAACAUGGAAAGGGUGGAAUGGUGUGAAGCAGGAGAAAGAAGCCAGAGAGACUCUGCAGGGAGGGGAGGCAGCCUGCUGCUGCUGGGGGAGCUCUGCACAGGCAGCUCCUGGCCUCCCAUGGGGGACAUGGAAAAGGAGGUAAAAACCUUCAUUUUUGGGUGCCACUAGAAAAGAAAAAGAAGUCUUAUCAGGUGGGGAAAAAAAAAGAAAGAAAGAUGGGGCUGCUGUUCUCCCACUGCUGUGUCAAGAAGCCUCUGCCACGGCCUCCGGCGAGCAGCAGCGCUGGGCUGGGCAGAGCCUGGCUGCACUGAAAGGAAGCAAUGGAUCUAGACAUUAGUUUUAAUUUAAACUGGUUUGGUGUUCACAUGCAAGAGUCCCACUGCUGGGAGACUCACAGGAACCCAUGAUGUUGCAAUAAAGUAUUUUGAACAAGUACAAA